CUUAUAUGACCUUUUUUUGUCUUCUUCAAGCAUCUUAAAAGAAAGUCAAUAUUUCUUCUAGGUUGUUAGUUCUUUUGAAUGUUUUGAUAAGUCAUAAUGCACCUUAAAUGAUCAUCCAGAUUUUGUUUAGUGCUUCAAAAGCAUCUUGAAAGGUCACCUUAAAGGUUCAAUUUUUUAAAGGAUUGACUGAGUUCAUAUCCUUUUAUUUUUUAUUCUUUGGCGAAAACUGGUAAUCCAAUGCACAAUGGAUUUGCAAUGGAUUUGAACCAAAUCCAGUUAGCUUUACGCUGUUGUGGGCAGCUUCAAGCUAUCAAACAUGCUAAAUCACUUCAUUCCCAUAUAAUAAAACUUGGCCUUUUCAAUCACGUUUUUCUCCUAAACAACAUGAUCUCUGUCUACGCAAAAUGCUCCCAUUUUGACGAUGCACGAACCCUUUUCGACGAUAUGCCUCACAGGAACAUAAUUUCUUACACAACAAUGGUCUCUGCACUCACCAAUUCCGGGAGACCCCAAGAUGCUCUCACACUCUAUAACCACAUGCUGGAAUCUAAAACAGUGCAACCCAAUCAGUUCUUGUACUCAGCGGUUCUCAAGGCAUGUGGAGUCGCCGGUGAUGUUGAAUGGGGCAAGUUGGUUCACCGACGAGUAUAUCGGGCAAGGUUAGAGUGUGACACUGUUCUGAUGAAUGCCCUCUUGGACAUGUACGUCAAAUGUAGAAGCUUGGCUGAUGCAAAACGAGUUUUCUACGACAUGCCGAGUAAAAAUUCUACUUCAUGGAACACCCUCAUUCUCGGGUAUGCCAAGCAGGGUUUUGUGAAGGAUGCGUUGGAUCUGUUUGAUCAAAUGCCAGAACCAGACAUUGUGUCUUGGAACAGCAUCAUUGCCGGUCUUGCAGAUACUUCUAGCUUCCAUGCAUUACAGUUUGUUUCUAUGAUGCACAGGAAGGGCCUUAAACUUGAUGCAUUCACAUUUCCAUGUGCCCUCAAAGCGUGUAGUCUGCUUGGCAAGUUAACUGUAGGGAGACAGAUUCAUUGUUGUAUUAUCAAGUCAGGGUUUGAGUGUAGCUAUUACUGUACAUCAGCAUUGAUUGAUAUGUAUUCGAAUUGCAAGCUAUUGGAUGAAGCAAUGAAUAUAUUUCAUAAGAACUCUCCUCUUGCAGAAAGCUUGGCAGUGUGGAAUUCCAUGCUUUCAGGGUUUGUUGCCAAUGGAGAUUGGUGGAAGGCUCUCAGUAUGAUUGCUCAUAUGCAUCAUUCUGGUGCACAGUUUGAUCCCUAUACCUUUAGUGUUGCUUUAAAGGUCUGCAUCCAGUUUGAAAACUUGAGGUUGACAUCUCAAGUGCAUGGAUUGGUCAUCACUAGUGGCUAUGAGUUAGACUAUGUUAUUGGAAGCAUUUUUAUUGAUCUAUAUGUAAAACAAGGCAAUAUUAACAAUGCAUUAAGAUUGUUUGAAAGGUUGCCAGAUAAAGAUGUUGUGGCUUGGUCUAGUUUGAUUGUUGGUUGUGCUAGAUUUGGUCUAGAUACAAUGGCUCUUUCCCUCUUCAUGGAUAUGGUUCAUCUGGAUCUUGAGAUUGAUCAUUUUGUCCUUUCAAUUGUUCUGAAAGUUUCUUCAAGUUUGGCAUUGCUUCCAAGUGGCAAGCAAAUUCAUUCUUUUUGUCUUAGGAAGGGAUAUGAAUCAGAGCGAGUUAUUACAACUGCUCUUACUGAUAUGUAUGCAAAAUGUGGUGAGAUUGAGGAUGCCUUAACUUUAUUUAAUUGUCUUUCCGAAGUAGAUACCUUAAGUUGGACGGGGAUUAUUGUGGGAUGUGCACAAAAUGGAAGAGCAGACAAGGCAAUCAGUCUUCUGCAUAAGAUGAUUGAAUCGGGUACAAAGCCAAAUGAAAUCACCAUUAUAGGUGUUCUUUCUGCAUGUAGACAUGCAGGCCUAGUAGAAGAGGCAUGGACUAUAUUUAAGUCUAUUGAAACAAAGCAUGGAUUGACACCAUGCCCUGAACAUUACAAUUGUAUGGUUGAUAUAUUUGCUCAAACUGGACGUUUUAAAGAAGCAAUAAACUUGAUUGAUGACAUGCCGUUUAAGCCUGACAAAACCAUAUGGUGUUCCUUGCUUGGUGCCUGUGGAACUUACAAGAAUCGACAUCUUGCAAAAAUUGUUGCUGAGCAUCUUCUUGCUACCUCACCCGAAGAUGCUUCUGUGUAUAUAAUGCUAUCAAAUGUUUAUGCAUCACUUGGAAUGUGGGAUAAUUUAAGCAGAGUACGAGAAGCUGUCCGAAAAGUAGGUAUAAAAGGGGCUGGAAAAAGCUGGAUCGAGAUCUUUAGUUGAGAAAGCUGGUUAUGUGAAUGGCUUGGUUCAACUAGCUUAAUCGCUCAUUAUAUAUUUCCAGACAACUCAAUGACUGUUCUAACUUAAAAAGGAAUGUUAUGUGACUGGAGUUUGUACGGUGAAAGACAGUCUUUACGUUUUGUUGACUUCAAUUAGAAGGUAAAAGCACGGAAGUGUCUAAUUUUGGAUGGAAGAUACUACAAAUACUACAACGAAAAAUACAAAUUAAGUAUAACGUGCGCAGCAGUUCAAUCCGAUAAGCCUUUGGAUGCUUGCUAUUGCCAUGAGGUUUCACACAUUCAAUGUUUUCCUUCCCCAACCUAGGUACAAACUAAAAAGGAACUCAAAUUUGGUUAAAAUCAGAGGUAUCAGAGUCAUCCACGACACUUGAAUUAAGUCAUCGGGAUUCACGUCUAAGUUAGCUUGACAUGUUCAGCUUACGGUAACAUUGGCCAAUAUUCAUUAUUAUUGACUGUUGAUUUUAGAGAAUGGAUUGCUAAUUCAUUAUUGGUUAGUUAUCUAAAGGUCAAUUUAAUUUAUAAACCAACGGCUCUUUUAUAGUGUUGAGCAAUAAGCGAAAGUCUGUUGCAAGCAUUUUUCGUUUUGUCAUUUGUGUGUAAUAAUUCAUUUUCUCUUAAUAAAUAAUUCUAAGAGAGAUUUAAGAUUAUGAUUAUAUUAAAGACAAAAAAGUGAUAAUGACAAUGCAUUAAUGAUUAUAGGGUUUAGGUGUACUUCUUUUUCUUUUCGUUUGUCCACUUCUGAAAUAAAAUUAUAUCUGUGUUAUCAAGUUAAAAAUAAGAUAAAUGGGAAUAGUAAUUACAAAUUUUAUUAUAUGCAUCAUCUUCCAAAGUAGAUAGAUAAAAAAAUAUGUAGUGUGCUGUAUAAUAACUCCUAGAUUUUAAUGACAAUUUUUAAGCUUUUAGGUUGUCUUUCCGAACAGUAAGUUGAAGAUAUAUUUGGCUGGGAGUUGACUUGUCUUGAAUGAAUCGUUCUGUAAUUUGGAAAUUCCACUGGGGACUAACAUCAUCACUUUCUCAUUCUUCUUCUUUUUGUCUUUUCUCGUUCUGUCCUAUUGCUCGAGUGAGGACAGAUUGAGACACCACUAAGCAGCAGCAAUAAUAUGUUGGAGGUGGACAAGAACCUCUCAAGCUACGUCUUCCACUUUAUGGAUUAUAUGAUUAGAGGGAGGGUGAAUUCUAACUACCUGGUCCGAGGGAAACAAAAGUAAAAUGCUGCUCAAAGUUUGAUGUGUAACAAUUUUGAAGCCGCUAAUUUUCGUAGUACUUACAUUACUUACGUUUUAUGUACUUGAAGGUCAUUCAUGUUCCUUGUUAUGUAUUAGGCUUGGCCCUGAUUGGAACUAUGUCAUGGACCAAUUUGGUUUUUCCAAGCCUCCGUGAUGAGUCGAGGCUGCUUGGUAUGAGUUGCAAGUUUGAACAGAAGUUGGGGCACCUAAAUUUGGAGAGCAGUGUUCUUGGGAAUCCAGUCAACAACUGCAAUACAGUCCAAACCAUACGAACCCGACCCAUCAUCACCAGUAGCUAACACUAGGGACAUGGGUAGGUCCCAUUAGAAGAAGAGAAGAUUAAAUGGUGAACCCCACCUCCUCAUCAUCACUCACUGUAAGCUUCCUGCAUAAGGCCGAGUCAUUUCUGAGCAAAGUCUCUACUGCAUGCUAGUGGCAGUGAGUGACAUUGUGACAGUCUUACAUGGAUUUUAAUUUUUGAAGUCUUCUAUGGAAUUUAUUCUCGUGCCAUGUUUAUUUCUUUCUCAAUCAUCGCACCCACUUUUGUCUCCCGACUCUUACUUUUUUCUGACUUCUUCCUGCUAGCUUUUAUUUUUGUUUCGAUCUUAGCAAGGCAUGUCAAGUUCUGAUUCCUUCACUGUUCCCAAUAACCAGGAAACACUGCCAAAAUUACCGCGAAACUACCACGCCCAAAUGCUUUCCUGCCCACACUUUUCGCGCCAUAUAUGUUUGCUAUCAAAAAAAGCUGAGUUGUCGCUGGUCACUCUGCAGUAGUGUGUAAACCAAACUCAAUCAAACUUCUUUAGCCACAAGCAUUACAGGGACCAGGUGGGUACAUCAUAACGUGGCUGAUGAUAAUUCUCAAGCCUUAGUGCGCCAUAGAAAACAGUUUUUAGUGAUCUGUGUUAUAAUAUUCACAAUUAUCUUGACAUUGGUGGUGAGGUGAUUGUUAAGCCCACGCCGAGUUGCUUAAAUUUGAGUAACGAUGGCCAAUGCGAUCUUAAUCAUAACACAAUGAGUACAAAACAGGAGUCAACUUGUUCCGGAUUCGAUGGAAACGCACUACACACACAAAUCUACAUUUCUAAUAAAAAAAACACAAAUCUAGAUCAUACGCACCGUGAGAUACCCUUAUUAAACCGUUUGUGAAGGACUUACUUGUUCUUAGCUGAUGUCAUGGGAGUUUCUACUCCUCGUCUUAUUUCCUUAUAAUGUUCCUUACAUG